UUCUGCAGAUCUACAGACAACCAUUGGCUGCCAUGAAGAACGUAACAUCUGAAACAUAAAAGAUUGAAUUAUUUUGGGUGAAAAACAUUUAAAUGGUUAAAGCUAUCAGGGUGAUCUAGGUUCCAGAAACUGACCGGUUUGAAACUGAAAGUGCAUCCAAGACUGAGAUUAGACAUUAGGACAGUCUGUGGAAAACCUCAGUCCUAACCUGGCAGGUGACUGGUCUGCUUCUCAAAUUUCUGUUCAGGUAACAAAAGCAAUGGGAAAAUCUAACUCUAAAUCCCCAGUUCUUGUCGAACCCUGGAGGACAAUAAACUGGGAUGUCACCCAGGAUGAUCUGAGUUUUCUGAAUCACUACAAACCACAGCUUGAGGAUCAGAAAAUCAGAAUUCUACUUUAUGGACCAGCUGGAGCUGGGAAGUCCAGUUUUAUCAACUCGGUCCAAAGUGUCCUGCAUGGCAGACCUUACGGACAGGCUUUGGUUGAUAACACUGGUCACGAUUGUUUUACUAAAGAGUACACAACCCAUAAAAUCCAAAAGGCGGACGGAUCGUUCUAUCCUUUCAUCUUUAAUGACAUCAUGGGCCUGAGCAAAUACAAAGGUGUCUUGGAAGAAGAUGUAGGACUGGCACUAAAGGGUCAUGUCAAAGAAGGUUACAAGUUCAACCCUGAGACUCCGUUAUGUGAGGACAAUCAGUUCUACAACCCCAGUCCAAGUCCCAAUGACAAAGUGCAGGUUCUGGUUUGUGUCAUUCCAGCUGACAAAAUAAGCAUAAUGGAUGAUGAAGUUCUUCAGAAGAUCAGGAGAAUCCGGGUGGAAGCCAGUAAGCUGAAUAUUGCCCAGGUGACCAUCCUCACCAAAAUUGAUGAGCUCUUUACUGAGAUACAAGCAGAUGUAAAGAAUGUCUACAGGAUUCUAGAAAUAAAGGAAAAGAUGCAGAGGGUGCAUGCAUAUGUGGGCAUCCCACUGAACUGCAUGUUUCCUGUAAAGAACUAUCAUGAGGAAAUCAACAUGAACACACAUGUUGACGCUCUGAUUCUGUGCGCCAUGAGACACAUGAUCCAGUAUGGUGAUGAUUUCAUUAAAUUCAGUCAGAACCGUUUUGAAUCUCAUUGAAACCUAUUUGUUAUUGAUGAUUUAUUAUUGGUGCCAAAUCAGCAAUGUGUGAAUGAAAUCAGACUUAUAACACAUAAAUCUUAUUUGUGGAACGUGGCAUGAUUCUCUUAGUUCCUCUACAGAUCAGAAAAUAAGUUGGUUUCUUGUAAAGAUUGAAAAAUUGUUGCAACUUGUGAAAAUAUUUGAUUUAGCUGUAUUAUAUACUCAACUCUCCAUGUCUUACACUGAAAAAUACUACAACUGUUUAUCACCAUGUAUCCCAUGUAAGGUGUUAAGUUACAAUAAACCUGGUUGUAAUCUUCA